CGGCGCCGGGACUUCCUGCGGGCGAGCGGCGGCGGGGCCGGAGCCUUUGUGCGGGAGCGGCGGGGUGCGGGAGGAGGGUCCCCGCGGCGCCCCGCGGCCCCGGGCAGGCGGCAGCGAGGGGAGGAAGCGGCGGCGGCUGCACUGCGGCUUCCGGCAGGGGAGCCCCUUCCUCUGCCUCCACCGCCGGGAAAGGAGAGAGGAGCUGCCGCUGUUCAUCCGCUGCAGCCACCCAGGUCUGUUUUCUGUUUACAAGCCUGAAGAUGGCUGCUGCUUCUUCUUCCUGCAAUGUGGAAGAAGACGAGAGCCUGAAGGGAUGUGAACUCUAUGUUCAGAAGCACAACAUCCAACAGAUACUGAAAGAAUGCAUUGUGAACCUGUGCAUAGCAAAGCCAGACCGACCCAUGAAGUUCCUCAGAGAACACUUUGAAAAAUUAGAAAAGGAAGAAUGCAAACAAAUACUGGCUCGGCAGAAAUCCAGUUCCCAGUCCGAUUCUCACGACGAUGAGAUCUCCCCUCCUCCUCCCAACCCAGUGGUGAAAGCCCGACGCAGGAGAGGGGGGGUGAGUGCAGAAGUGUACACGGAGGAAGAUGCUGUUUCUUACGUCAGGAAGGUUAUUCCAAAGGACUAUAAAACUAUGACUGCUCUGGCAAAGGCCAUCUCCAAGAACGUGCUCUUUGCUCAUCUUGACGACAAUGAACGAAGUGACAUAUUCGAUGCCAUGUUCCCCGUCACACACAUCGCAGGAGAAACGGUCAUACAACAGGGUGAUGAAGGAGACAACUUCUAUGUGAUUGACCAAGGCGAGGUGGAUGUUUAUGUCAACGGGGAGUGGGUCACCAGCAUUGGAGAAGGAGGCAGCUUCGGGGAGUUGGCAUUGAUCUAUGGCACACCCAGGGCUGCCACUGUCAAGGCCAAAACAGAUCUGAAGCUCUGGGGCAUCGACAGAGACAGCUACAGGCGCAUUUUGAUGGGCAGCACGCUGAGAAAGCGGAAGAUGUAUGAAGAAUUCCUGAGCAAGGUCUCCAUUUUGGAGUCUCUGGACAAAUGGGAGCGGCUGACAGUGGCUGAUGCGCUGGAACCUGUCCAGUUUGAAGAUGGAGAGAAAAUUGUUGUGCAAGGAGAGCCCGGGGAUGACUUCUUCAUUAUUACAGAGGGCACAGCUUCUGUUCUGCAGCGCAGAUCUGACAAUGAGGAGUAUGUGGAAGUUGGAAGACUUGGUCCAUCAGAUUAUUUUGGUGAGAUAGCCUUACUGCUCAACCGGCCCCGGGCUGCUACGGUGGUGGCACGUGGACCCCUGAAGUGUGUGAAGCUGGACCGGCCCCGCUUCGAGCGAGUGCUGGGUCCCUGCUCUGAGAUCCUCAAGAGAAACAUCCAGAGAUACAACAGUUUCAUUUCACUCACUGUCUAAAUGAUUCCUUCUGGAAAGCUGCCUUGGUGUGACCUUGUGCACUUAAAUUUGCUCCGUGCGGCUCCGUAGCUUUAUGAAGAAACAACAAAAGUGUGCAUUUUAUGUGGAUUUUUUUCUGUUUCUGUCACAUACUGGAUGUCAGUUCUGAUCUCCUGUAUCCUGUAAGUAGGAAGACAACUGUUUGGAUAAGACUAGCUUUGGGGAAGAGCAGGCUUUUGGCUUGCAGGCAAGACUUCUCCCUGUUGUUGGCUCCUAUAGCUUAAAACUGGGGGUUUUAACUAUUCAGAGGUCAUACCAAUGUCUGUUUUCCUUCUUAUCUUUGGAGAUGGUCUUAUUCACCUUUUGUCAAGCUUCUUUGAUCAAGCAGUGUCCCUCUGCCUGUCACUUUUACUGGUCUGAACCUCUAGUGGAGGUUUCUGAAAGCCUAUGAGGUGAGCGGCAGUUGCGAAGUUGAAGCAGGGAGGUCAGAGGAUGGUUUUGAUCAUUCCAGCAAGCCAGGGUAAAAGUAGAGCUUUUGAGUCAUUUUGUUUGUGGCUUAGAUACAGGAGCCAUACUCCUCUGUGGUACAAGCCCUUUCAGGUCUGCUUUGCAGAAUGUGCUAUGCCAAACAGCCCUGCUCCAGUCUUCUGGGUGAAGAGGUCAAGGGGCAAUGUUUUGUAAGAAUUCAAAUGGAGCCUUUAGGACCCAAGUUAUUUGUCCUCAGCUUUUGUAAAUGAGGGGUUGCAUUAGAUCCCUUAAAAGCCCAAUGGGAACUUCUCCACCAAAUUAAGUGGGCUUUGAAACAUAUUUUUAUCUGCAGUGGACUGUCCUCAGCCAUUUCUUGGCAUAUUGUAUGGAAUGCUGAGGAGACGGUGCCAGGUGUGCAUCAGGGACAACAACAGCAGCUUGUUUUUAAUGAGGUCCACUUAAUUAAAUUCCAAUGCCUUCAGUCUUUUAGUCUUUUGCUAUAUGACUAAAUUUUUAGGAUUUUUAAAAGAUUUUCUGAGAGCCAAACACAUGCUUCAGAAUGCUGCCUCUCCUCUAGAAGACACACGCAUUGCCUAACAAAAAGCACCAGGAUCUCACAAGAAGCUCCUAGAGCCCAGGUCCCUCCCAGGGCAUGUAGCUUCACUGGCAGUCGUUGCUGCCCUGCCUAGACAUGGAUCUCCUCUUGAAUGGAGCUUUUUGCAGACCCAGACCUUACUCUGCUGUGCAGCCCGUGAGGAUGGGCUCAUUUAGAUUAUUCUUCCUAAAGCUUUGUUCUUUGAAGGAGGACUUGUCUUUGCUAACGGCAGCAAAGGUCUGCAACUCAGCUGGCCUAAACAGCACUGCCUGCUUUUCAGGUAUCACAAAACUUUCUUCUUGGUGAUAACAUUCUUCUGAGUACACACAAACUUUCUGUACCUUCUACAUGCCAGAGGUUGUGCAAUGAAAUAAGGCAGCGAUCCCCCUUUUGAAACUAGAGGUGUUAGUGAGCACUAAAGUCCCUCCUACUGACAUGCAAUGUGCUUUCUUCUUUGGAAUUAACAAAGACUAACCUGGGACAUUUCCAUCAACCCCAAGCAAGAGGGCCCAAUAUUCCAGUAGCUGCCCACAGUGGUCGUUGCAGAGCUACCUUCUUCUCAACUUCAGGCUCUUCUCAUCACUUCAAGGUGCUUAAUUUAUGCCAGCACAUUUUCAGUGGUCCUGCCAGGGUGUAUCCACUAUUUAUUAUCAUUAUGUUAUGCUUCUUGCAUGUGUUAACUGAAUAUGACCAGCCACAUUUCCCAACCUUGCCAUUUUUAUCACGUUGUAUUUAUAUAGGCAGACUCCCCAUUAUAUAGAGAGAGAUAAAUGUCAAUGCAUUUGAGAACUUUUUAUUUGCUUCACUGGGUUUUUUUUGGUAUCCUCUUGUGCAGUUUUUAAAAGGACUCUUUUUUAAAGGUCCCCCAGUCACGUAUGCUCCCUUACCUAUUGCAUCUCUGUUGUGUUGGUAAGAUAAUUGUGAGUGUUUGGCAUCAUAUGCAAAGUACAUUUCUUGUUAAACACCGAGUAUUAGCCUCAUGGUUUAGAAGUUACUGAGCACACCCCCUCCACACACACACAAAUUCUUUGCUUUAAACCUUUACAGCUCUUGGAAAAUACAUUGGAAUUAUGGUUCUGUUGUGAGCAACCUGAAGAGAAGUGUAACAAUUUAACACCAGGACUCCUGCGCUUUGAAGUGGAGCAAAAUGGUGUUCAGUGGCAUUUCAAAGUGGGUGAUGGGACAGGAUUAUGGUGUGAAUAAAGUUCUU